AUGUUCUCUCCACAAAUUGAAUGGAACUGCUCUCAAUGUCGAUCUUCAGUGGCUGAUCGACGAAAAUAUUGUAUUGAUUGUCACUCCAUGUUAACUUGGACAUGUAUUAGUUCAGGAAAAUCAGGUUUAUACACAAACUACUAUCGUCAUCGAAACAUUUGUGAUUAUUGCAUACUAGAACUCGAAGACGAAAAGCAACAAGAAAUCGAAGAGAAACGAGUUACUAUUCAACAACAACUUCAAGAACAACGUCCAUGGUCAGAUUGGAGACGUACUGAUGAGUCAUGCAUACAACAUACAGGGCAUGACGUCGAACAAAUAGAACAACUAUAUUCUAUGUGCGAAUAA